UCUGCUCUUUCUUUUUAGAUUUUCAUUUCAGUGGCCUGCGCUCUUCUUGUUGGCUGCCUUUUACGUAAUAGUUUCCAAAUAUUGUCAGUCGCAUUUUUAUUUACAAACGUUUUAUUUAUUGUGAAGUUGAAGCCUCAAAAUGAUGUCGUCACAUUCAAGAAUUCUUGCCAAUUUGAGUUCCAAAGAAAACAUGUCACCUCGGAGAAAGGUGGGUUCUAGAUCUUCAGAAGAAGCGUUUUCAUCUACUAACCCAGAGAAUGCAUCAAAACGACGAACCGUUGAUUCCUUCAUGCUGCCAAAAACAAAAUCUUUAUUUUCAUCAAAGUCAACCAAUAAGGGAGCAAUAAAAAAACAAACAUCUAUAAAAAAUUAUUAUAAAGAAGGUUUGAAAGAAAAAUCUGAAAAUGUGAUGACCAUUUUCGAUGAAAAUAAUAAGAAUACCAAAAAGAAAACAUCUAACAAAGAAGAUGAUGCAUUCAGUAUGAUGUGUUCAGAAGAAGCUCCUGAAAAAUAUUGGGAAUUAUUAGCCGAAGAAAGAAGGAAGGGACUGGAAUCUGCUUUGAAAGAAAAUAAAGAGCUUGCAGAUGAAAUCAGGGCAAAAGAUGAAACAAUCCUGGAAUUACGAACAGAGGUUUCAGAACUGAAGGAGACUGCAAAACAUGCAGAAUAUCUGGCAACAGUACUCGAAGAAUUAGGAAAAGAAAGCAAUGUUGCUGUGAGUGAGGACGAAAGCUCAGACGAUGAGACUGACGAAGAAAAUGAAGUUUUUGAUGAAAAAGAUAUUUCAGUUUCAUAUCCUACACAAAGUGAUGAUGCUGACAAAGAAAAUGAAAAAUCAGAGCCAAGCGAUGAAAACGACCCUCCAAUUCUGGACCCAGAACUGAACUUAGAUGAAAACAAGGACAUCGAAUCGGAAGGGUUGCCAGAAUCACAGCAAGCAUUGGAUGAAAAGGUUGAUAUGCCAAAGGAAUUAGACCCUUCAGUUUCAAACCCUGGGCAGAACUUUGAUGACAAUAAGGACAUUGAUCAAAGACUGCCACCAAAGUCUCAACAAGCAUCUAGUGAAACAUUGGAUAUACCGAAGGAAUUAGAUCAAAACUAUGAAUCUGAUGCUGAGUGUUCGGUUAAAACUAAUUCUAAUCUCAGCCCAGAUAAUGAUUCUGAAUCUGGUGGGGAAGCAAUACCAGACAGUUUAUAGACGAUGAGUACA